AUGGAGAACUAUUCUGUAGUUGAACUAGUGGGUGAGGGGUCGUUUGGCAAGGUUUACAAAGCAAGGCGGAAGGGUACGGGCCAUGUUGUAGCGAUGAAGUUUAUCUUGAAGAAAGGGAAAAAUGAUAAGGAGCUUCUCAACCUUCGCAGUGAAAUUGAGAUCAUGACAAAGCUGAACCAUGAUAACAUCAUUACUCUGUUUGAGGCAUUUGAAACACAACAAGAAUUUGUUGUGGUGAUGGAAUACGCCCAAGGCGAACUGUUUGAAAUACUAGAGGAUGACAAAAAGCUACCAGAAGACGUUGUCCAGCGUAUAGCGAAACAGCUGGUGCAGGCACUUCAUUACUUGCAUUCGAAUCGUAUCAUGCACCGUGACAUGAAGCCUCAGAAUAUUCUUAUAGGGCAAAAUGGCUCCGUGAAGCUGGCAGAUUUUGGUUUUGCCAGAUCUAUGAGCUAUAACACAAUGGUGCUCACCAGUAUUAAAGGUACACCUCUUUACAUGGCACCAGAAUUAGUACAAGAGCAACCGUAUAAUCACUGUGCUGACUUAUGGUCUCUUGGCUGCAUUCUGUACGAGCUGUUCUAUGGCAAACCACCAUUCUACACAAAUCACCUCUACAAACUGAUCAAUCAAAUCGUCAACGAUCCUGUUAAGUUUGAGGAGCCUAUAUCGCCGGACUUUAAAUCCUUGUUGAAAGGCCUUUUGACGAAAUCUUUUUCAGCGAGAUUAAAUUGGCCUCAUUUGCUGAAUCAUCCAUUUGUUGCUAUCGCGGAAGAGGAUAGAAAAUGGCAGACACCAAUUAAACAGCAUGACGUGGUGAUGAAGGAACGCAUGGAGCGAUUAGAGUGUUUUCGGCCCCACGCUCAACCAAACCGCGUUCAAAACUCUACUACGGGGCAUACAACUCAUUCUCCUAAACUCUUACAUGAAAGUCCGUUGAACUCUAAAGAGAGUGAGUUGUUUAGUCCUUCUUCGAUCGAACAAGUUUCUUCCUCAACAAAUACUAAUGAAGUGAUCGAAUACUUCAGAGGUGUAGUGGCUUCCGCUGAAAAGUUAACGUCAUCCCCGGCAGAGAGUGCUGCUUUAUUAGAACGGAUCCCGCAUUUAGGCAUUAUACGUUUUGCACUGAAACGUCUCAAUGAUAAACAGCCUGUAGAAAUAGUUCCUCACGCCGUGAGGCUCAUUCGAACGCUGGUUUUUCCAGAAAAGGGAACUGUUUUCCCAUUCCCUUCGCAACAUCCACAACAAGAGACAUUGAAUGCUUUACAACAACGUAGUGAAUUGCCACCAGUUGACCUCCUUAUACGCCAACAAGUUGCGAUGGAGCUUAUUGAGAAACCUCAGGAGGCACUGAACUUUAUAGUUCGGGAGGUGAUGGAAAAUAGAAAUGAUCUUCGUGAAGAGUGCGUGAAGAUCAUCUAUCAAUGUGUUCGAUGGGGAACUGGAUUUGGACCUGUGCUAACGCAGCUGAAGACGUUUUCCGCUUUUUGGGCAUCUUUGAUUGAUUCUGUAACGGAGAAAACAGUAGCGGAGGGAAGCCGUUUUCAGUCGUACGCCGCUAUUGCGUUUCAUACAGUUUCUGCGUUGGUUCCACACAUAAAAUUGUCUUCUCCAGAUCAGAUAAACGCACAUAAAGUCUCUGCUUUCGUCUCUACAGGGUUAUCGGCUGUAUGCUACUACGAUUCGUCCAAUGGUGCUGGAAACGUUACUGCUCUUAACUCUGCCGCCGCUGCCGCUCUUUUGGUUGCUUUUGUUCAUCGUGAAAUGAAAGACACUAUUGUUUUUGAACCGGAUGCCGUUUUAAUGGAUGGCCUUUGCGCAGUCGUGGAGGGAGUGAGGGGAGUCGCAGACCGGAUGGUGGUGCCGCGUGCUCUUGGGACAAGCUACGGUUAUGCGGACUAUGGGCUAUUAGACGGUGUUGCGCACAUGCUCUCAGUUGUGUUUUCAGAUCCCAAGUCUAUUGUCUAUCGGCAGUCUACAAAUUCGGCAACGCGAUCAUUUCUUGAUAGCGAUCCGAAAGGUUUACUUCGCAUGGCUAUUGGAUUGCUUCGUGAUAGCGAUCCCAAGGUGGAGUUGUCACCAAGUGGUGUCUUGGCAGCAAUUCGUUGUGUUCAACAGGCUCUUCAGUAUCAACAAGAGAAGGCUCAAUCGAUGAGCUUUCUUAUGGAUUGUGUAGAACCGUCCAAUGGGGACAAUAGUGGCCCAAUUUCCGUGAUUGCUGUUGUUUGUCGUCAAUUACGAACGAACUAUCUUAAGCAGCUUCGAUUAUGGCCGGAGUGUAGAGGGGGAGGAACUAUGGGCGUAAAUGCCCAUCUGACAAUAGUUAUCCAGAUUUUAUUGGCAACGUUUCAACCAGCAAAGCAUGGCUCUGGCGCCGAUGAUGCGACCAUAAAUGCCAUACAGCAAAUACUUUAUAAAGAAGGUCUUAUGGAAAUGCUUAUUUCUGCUCUUGACUACACAAAGGUGGCAUUUUGGGGACCACCGUUUACAGUCAUCACCAAGUUAGCGAUGGGAUCUCCGCUUUUCGCUAAAGCGUUUGUGGACGGAGGUGGAUUGCAUCCCGAACGAAUGAAAAAGGUCCUAGAUUCGAAGAAAGCAAGUACCGGUCUCGUUUCCGAUGGACUAAAUUUGCUUUCCCAGUUAGCUCGUCUGUCCAAUGAUUUUUAUCCUCCUAUUCAUAGUGCGAAUAUGUACGAUAUCUUCCUAGAGCUCCUUCGGCACAGGGACAGUGGUAUUCGGGGAAAGAUGUGCAACCUCCUUGGGAAUUUGUGCAAACACUCACCAUAUUUCUAUGAACCGUUGGCAAAACAUGGAAUAAUUGAGGGACUUGUCGAGAGGUGUAGCGAUGAAGAUUCCACAACGCAAAAAUUUGCUGCUUUUGCAGCUGGAAACGCUGCCUUCCACAGCGACAUUCUAUAUGAAUUGCUCAGGCCAUCGAUUCCAGUCAUAGUGAAACUUUUGUAUAGUGGUGAUGAGAAGACGAGGCAAAAUGCUGCGGGCGCAGUAAGCAACUUUGUGCGCAACGGAGGCUCGCUUACCUCUGCGCUGAUGAAGGACAACGCUGUUGAGGCCCUCCUACGGAUACUCAAAAAGGAUAAGGUAGGACUGAGGAAAAUUGCCCUCAUCACUAUUGGUUCGUUUUGUGCGUAUGAGGAAUGUAAGGCUAGGUUUCUAGCAUUGGGACUGGAGGAUGCUAUGAAACAGCUUGAACAGAGUGGUGCUUUUGAAGCCGAACCCUCGAUUGCGAAGUACGUUGCAAGGAUUAAACAACGAAUUGGCGCUCCGUGA